AUGUCAUCUGGGUUGGCCUAUCGCCUGGAGGAGCCCGGCUGGAACGUCCUCAACCUUUCUUCGGUCCCAAGGGCUCCUUUCCGACGCGCAGUGAAACGUUAUCGAAAAGAAGCCCUAGAGCAUGAACGAUCCCAAAGGCAAGAGCAGCCAUGCUACCAGCCGCGUGCUUCAUCAUCUCUCCGGAAGCAGCAACAGCAACAGCAACAGCAACAGCAACAGCAACAGCAACAGCAACAGCAACAGCAACAGCAACAGCAACAGCAACAGCAACAGCAACAGCAACAGCGACACUCAUCAUGGAUCCUCCUACCGCUCGAGAUCAUCCGCAUGAUCUUCCUCGACCUAGACAUGCUGACUCUCAGCCACCUUCGGUCUGUCAACAAGACCACCAAACAGAUAAUCGACUCCCUGCCAGAAUACCACCUCCUCCACACUCACGCAGCCGACGCCCUACGACUGCUGGAUCUCACCCAGUGCACCCACCAUUUUUCCCUGGGACAGCUCUACCGGGAACUUCGUCACCCGCAGUGCCGCACCUGCGGCGACUUCGGCCCCUUCCUCUUCAUCCCAACCUGCACGCGCUCGUGCUUCGCCUGUAAUCGCACCCACAGUCAGUACCGCAUGGCACCGAUCAAGGUCGUGUUUAGUUGGUAUGGUCUCUCGCUCGACAACGAUUGGCACCGUGUUCCGGUCGUCCAUACCCUUGAUUGCACCCGGUGGACCCAACAUGAGAGGAUGCUGGUCAGCAUUGCCCAGGCCAAAGCCCUGCACCUGCAGCUGGCAGCCCCGCCGGCGCGACGCUCGCGCACCGGCGAAAGGCGCAACAGUAGCAACACCUGCACACCGUCCCCGACGCGAUACUCGGAGUACUGGGGCUCUCGAUGGCGGCUUUCGGCGACGGUGGCAUUCCCAUACUACGACCCGGUCGCUCGGUCGGUCGAGACCGGGGUCUAUUGUUUGGGGUGUGUCAAGUACUGGGAGAAUCCGAAGCCGACGACGCAGAAGGACUCCGUGUCCGGCAUCCCAACAACGUGGGAGGACUACAACGAAGCAUGGGGGACGACUCUCACUCCCGGGAGCAGGGAUCUCGAUCGGGCGUUCUUGGUGCAGGAUAUGCCGGCGCACUUCCGCAACUGUCCGGAUGUCUCGCGGAGCCGGAGGCGCGGGAAGACUGCGUGGAGGUUUGGGAAGCCCGUCGGCACGACCUUUCGCGUGAGUGCUGAGGGUGGGGUGGUUCUGAGAAGGUCGGAGCGAUUGAAGAAGAAGUGGGAGGGGGUUCUUUUCAUGUUAAACACACCGGGUUGGUAG